AUGCCUGAGAAUCGGCCACCGGCGUCCGGCGGGAUGGCCGGUGUGCUAAAAAGGAUGUGCACGUCUUGUAAAACUUGCAAACUGCGGGAUGAGAAUAUGUACAGGAAUUUUGAUGAUGAAAAGAAGCACUACUUGGUGCUUAUGAUGGGUGAUUUCCGAGAUGCGAUGAUAAUCCCAGAAGAACUUCUCCGGCGUUUCAAAGGCGAGUUCCCAGGAGAGAUCAAGCUAGAAACCCAAAAGGGUGACAUUCACACUAUUGCGGUUGCCAAGAACCAAGAAAAGCAUGUCCUUACACUGGGUUGGAGUCGGUUCGUUGAAAUCUAUGAUCUACACAUGGGUGAUUCCUUAAUAUUAAAAUACAAUGGAAACUCUCAGUUUGAUGUCAUAAUAUUUGAUAACCUUGGUCGAGAGAAAGCAUUGUCGGUUGUUCUGGAUCCUUUUAUGAAUCAGGUUCAAGACAGGCGCAGCGGCACACAUGAAAUUGGGUCUGCUAGAAACCUGGAUGCACCUUGUGGAAGAUGCAAAAGCUAUCUCGAAUUUUACUACAUGAACUUGGAUGAUGAAAAAAAAAAUUUGUCAAUGCUUAUGAUGGGUGAUUUUCAAAAUGAGAUGAUCAUCCCAGAAGAAUUUGUUAAGCGUUUCAAGGGCGAGAUCCCAGGAAAGAUCACACUUGAAACAAAAAAUCACUGUAGUUACAUAAUUGGAGUAACCAAGCAACAAGAAAAGCUUGUCCUUACAGCGGGAUGGGGGAAUUUCGUUGAAACCUUUGCUCUGCAGAUGGGUGACACAAUAGUAUUCAGAUACAAUGGAAACUCCAAGUUUAGUGUCAUAAUCUUUGAUAAUCUUGGUUGUGAGAAUGCAUUAUCAGUUGUUGUGGAUCCUUUUGUGGCUCCUGCGCAAGAAAGGUACACAAAGCCCAUGGAAAGACAGACACCUACUAGCAGAGUGAACGGGCCGCCGAUGGAGUUGAUGGAGUCACCACCAACGAAAAGACAGAGGCGCCUGCAAUCGGACAAGUCAUGUCAAGGAAACAUGGCUGCAAUAAAUAAUUUCUCCUCUGAAUCAUCUGAAGAAUGUUUCUCCUCUGAAGAUGGCCAUGGAGCACCGGAUGUGUCUGAUUCCAAUUGGACUGUCGGAAAGAAGAGCUGGCUAUCUUCUUUUCAAAAGGAGCAGUUGAAGGAUGGUUACGUUACCACACGUAAGACCAAACUAACUUGGGUUCAGAAGGAGGUGGUGAAGCAGAAGGUCCAAUCCAUAGACUCAGAAAUCCCUAUCGUUGUUACUGUGAUGAGCAAGUCCAACGUUGAUUCAGGAUGCUCUGUGACUUUCCCCAGCCACUAUGUUAAGAAAUAUCUUGGCGGGGAUCCAAACAUGUAUCUUAAGGUGCUUGAUCAGAAAUAUGCAGUGCGGUUUGGUGAGACCUCCCAAGAUAAUAGGCUGAGAAGUGGAUGGAAAAAGUUUGUAGAAGACAACAAUCUGAGGAUGGGUGAUAUCUGCCUCUUUGAGCUGCUGAGCAACCAGGGGAUAAGAACCAUGGAGGUCUAUAUCAUCCCUGUAAAUGAAGGCAAUUGAUCGACAUCCCAUACUGCUGCCGUUGCUGCAUUUAG